GAUAUAUACAUAGCUUUGUAAAAGGUUGUUUCUAGAAUAGUUCAUAGUGCAGUCCUGGAGGAUGCCAGUUUCAGUCCCAGCUGCAGACAGACGGCAGAGAGCCUCAGCAGCAUUUUCUCUCAGUUUUCUCUCUUUAGUCUUCUCUAUUACAGCACUCAGUAGUAGUUACUGGUGUGAAGGGACGAGAAAAGUUGCCAAACCUUUCUGUACAGGACAGAGCAAAGGGGAUCACUGCAUCCGCUUUAAUAGUCCUGAUGCCAGCAACAGCAAUGCUGUGCAGUAUAUUUGGGAGACAGGAGAUGACAAGUUCAUUGACCGAAAGUUUCAUGCUGGGAUUUGGUAUUCCUGUGAAGAAAUUGUAGGUGAAGAAGGUGAGAAAUGUAGAAGCUUCAUCAGUCUGACUCCAGCUGCUGAUCGAGGGGUUUUAUGGCUAUCUAUUGUAGCAGAGCUUCUCUACAUCAUUUUGCUUCUGACUGGAGCCAUUCUUAUGUCAGUAGAAAUGUGCUACUACAGUACUGUCAUUGAUGGGCUAAAGAUCAACGCCUUUUCUGCAGUAGUCACCGUAUUAGCAGGUCUUCUGGGCAUGGUUGCUCACAUGAUGUAUACAACUGUAUUUCAAAUGACUGUAAAUCUUGGUCCUGAAGACUGGAGACCUCACACAUGGGAUUAUGGCUGGUCCUAUUGUCUCGCAUGGGCUUCCUUCGCUUGCUGUAUGGCUGCAGCUGUCACUACUAUUAACAAAUAUACAAAAACUAUUUUGGAAUUCAAGCACAAAAGAAAAAUGCUGGAAAGGCGUUUAAAGAUUAAAUACAAGUUUCCUGAUCAUACAGCUCCAGAGAAAGCUUGCAAUGUGUAUGUGAACUCUUUUCACAACAGUACAGAGGACCCUGCGCACCCAAUAAAAGGCUUGCGUCACCUGGCCACUAUUUCAGUUCUGUAA